AUGGCCGCGCAUGGUUUUUGCCUGGGAUGGGCUGCCUUCUGCCUGUUGUCAACACUGAAUCUGUUAGUCGGUGGACUAAUCGACCAGGAUGGCUAUGUCCACGCCGACUACGAUUCCGAUAAUACCGUCACUCUCACCAUCCCACGGACGCUCCUUCCUGAUGUGCCCAACCGAGUCCAGCUUCGGUCCGCGCAUCCAGUAUCUAGACUGAGAAUCGACUCCUUUGUCUAUGGCCUCUCCCAUGCUACUCCCAUGAACCAAUCCUAUCGUCUUACUGCGAAAAGAAGCGCCGACGGUCUCUAUAGAGCUGACGUUGACUUCCGUCCGCCGUUCGUAACCGAGGAAGGAGGAGCAAUCAAUCUUAAUGUGACCUACGAGUAUUGCCCAGCAAAGGAAGACGGCGAACAGAAGGAUGAAUCUGACGACACUGUGGAGAGUGCCGGAAAGGAAUGCGAUGAUGUUGAUGAUGAUGACGACGAAGCUUGCGAAGAGCCGAAGAAGAAAAGUCAGGUGAUAUAUGCCUCAUUUGUGCGCAAAUUUAUUGUUAUUCUGGGUGAGUCGGACAAGCCAAUUUACAGGCCUGGCGAGAACAUUCGUUUUCGUUUUAUUGCCCUCAACUCCCGACAGCUUCAGCCAACUACGGAACAGCUCCAAUGGCCCAAAUUUCUAAUUGACAGGCGAGACUACAUGCAUCCGAAACUUGUAGAAAUCUCGGAGGAGGAGAGACGCAGGCAUGAAAUGCCUCCAGAAUUCGACGUGAUCUACAUAGAAGAUCCCAAUGGAAACCGAGUCAAGGAGUGGAAGAAUGUUCCGCAGACGACGGCAUUUAACUUAUCCUUCCCUCUGCUCUCUGAUGCAUCUGAGGGUGUUUGGCGACUUGUAGCCACCGCUUUUACCAGCAGGAAAACGCUUGAAGUAGAUGUGAAGAAGUACGUUCUUCCACGUUUCCUGGCGUCAAUCCAGAUUCCCACGGAAGUGGAAAUUAAGGCGGAGACAACAACAUUCAAUGUCUGUGCAACUUACACCAAUGGAAAUUCCUUCCAGGGGCACUACGAUGCACAGAUUUGCGUCUGUUCUGGAAUGAAAUUGAGGCAGCAACAGGUCCUAGGCAUCCCAUUCGAGAACAACGUGUGCUUGUCUGGAACAGCCUUUCUGUCACACCUGAAAAUGGAGGGUGCGUAA